GUUGACGGUUUUGGGAUGGGAUAGCUGAACUUUGUAAGAAGAAUUGGUGUGACAUGGCAUGAUCGAUGGGGGUCUGGCUCACGUGGAGAAGAGCAAGGGUUUGCCACGGUUGAGCUAAUAGAGUUUCCGUAACAGGCGUGGGAUAGCUGGGGAAACGUUCUUCAACCACGACUUUUUGCUUUUUCGUCGGACCCUUCAUUCUGGUACUCGAGAUCUUUUUAUCUUCCAGUAUAUGGCGUGGCCACACUGUAUGCGAAACAUCCGGAAUUUCCGGUGCUGACAUCUAAUCUCGGAUAUACGAUUCCACUUUAUUUUCUCUAUCAUACUCUAGUCGAAGGUUUCUUCCAUCACACGUCCAACAUGGCAUACAGCCCUAAUGGAAAAGGGUCGAGUGGUCUCCUCCCUCCUGUCUCAGUGUUUGCAGCCUGGCCGCGUCCGAAUUACGAAGAUCCCGUCACGCGCUCCAAAGCCGUUCUCAUUACAUCAUGUACUCUGGGGUCGAUUAUGCUUGCCACAGUGGGAGCAAGACUAUGGGCAAGAGCUGUUAUACAAAAGAACUCAGGUAUCGAUGACUGGAUCAUGCUGGCUGCAAUGAUUCCAACAAUUGGACUGACAGUCACCGCCUGUCUUGCGACCGAACGCUACAAUUUCAAUCGACACAUCUGGGACGUCCAUCCCUCCAAGUACGUCCCAGAGCGCCAAGUCACCUUCGCCCUCUACGCUUUGUACAUUGUGGCAGGAGGGAUGAUUAAGAUAUCCAUCCUGCUCUUCUACCGCCGUCUCGACUCACGCUCCAUAACAAAGAGUUUUCGCAUCGCUACAUGGCUGAACAUCAUUGCCAUUGCAGUCUUCUCCAUCGCAUUUGUCCUCGUCCUCUUCACAGCAUGCACACCAUUUACCGCAUUCUGGUAUCAAUUCGACAUUACCAAACAGCUUACGGGGUACGCAUACCGUUGCUGGAUUGAUGAGGCUGCAGACCUCCUAUCAGCGAGUAUAAUAAGCGCUGUACAAGAUGCCAUCGCCGCAUUCCUCCCCACGAUCCUAUAUUGGAACCUACACAUCCCGCCUCGCCAAAAGAUUGCGUUGGGCGCCAUCUUCGCUCUCGGUUACCUCGUCUGCAUCGUCGCAGGCGUACGCUCCUACUUCGUGUGGCGCACCUUCAACAGCCCCCAAUACGAUUCGACCUGGGAGUCCUGGCCGGCAUGGCUGCUCUGCGUGCUGGAAAUUCAACUCGGCGCCAUCUGCGCGAGUGCGCCUGCCCUCAAAGUCUUCCUGUCGCAUUAUUUCAAGGUGGCAACAAGUAUGUACAGCGGAUCUAGUCAAGGCACGACGCAUGCCAGCAUCCAGAAAGGCGGCGGUACCUGGUGGAAGUCGGCAAGUUCAGGGACGUCAGGGUCAAGAGGAACACAAGCUUCGAAGCCGGACAGAAAUGGGUAUAUUCGGGAGCCGGGGAAUGCGCAUAUGGUCGAUGAAGAGGGGGGCAUUGUGCUACAGGAUACUAAGAGGUGUGAUGGACGGACGGAGAGUAUCGAGACUUUCAUCUACCUAUGAGAUGGGCCACAACGAGGAACUGUCGAGAAGACGGCCAACUGGAUGCACCACAAAGUUAUCAUGAUACGCACCCAGAACGAUAGGACUGGCAUGGGAAUGCUGUCAUGCUAUUGUGAUCGGGGACAUUACGUCACAGCCUGCCCUGACGAUUUGGAGC